AUGAGCCGUCCUAAUUACAUCGAGAUCCCCUCCGACAACUCGCGUUCAGCCAGUGCGCUGUCAAGGAGUGGAUUUUCACCCCGGAUCCAGCAUUUCGACGGAGAUGUCCCGCCUGCGCUGUCGCCCUUGGACGCAAUUGCGGCACGAAGCCGAAAGUUGGCCAAAGAGCUGGAAGAGACCAGGAAAGCGGGAGAACGGCGGAUGAGCAGGUUGUCGCCGCAGAUUGUGACGGAUUCCCUGACCGAGCAUCAAAACAAUCGUCCCCCAAUCUUUCGAGCCUUGUCCGAUGGACUGGAUACUGUUCCGCCUCUUCCUGUGCUUGAAAAAGAUCGAGGCGGUAACUUUGCCCGCGUCGCUCACCCUUUGAACCGACCGACCUCGCAACGCAUUCGAAUGGGCAGCAUCGCAUCCAAGGCCGCGGACGAACCAGACAGUAAACCGCUGUCGCCAGUGCAAGAUUAUUUCGGUGCCCCUCGAGUAGAAUCCCCUCCGCCUCUUGAACCAAGGGGACCGCAGUCACCCCCUCAAAUUUCCGAGAGCCCGUCCUUACAUCCUCAACCCGGGCUGUCCAGACAGAUCUCCAGCACUUCUCAAUCAGAGCUGAGCGCGACGUUGGCGCCUCCCCGAUCUCAUUCGGAUAGAUUAAGACCUUACCAGGAUUCUGAUGACGACUACACCAGCUCCAACGCCGGUUCGACUUUCUCUCAGUCGAGGAAACUGUCCGCCAGCAGCGGUUUCUCUGCUCCUCACUCUCCGCUCUCGCCAUAUUUACAAUUUCACGGCCGCACUCCGUCGAGUGGCUCGCUUGAAUCUCCGACGAAACCCACUUUGACACGGAAUUUCUCGCGCCCGCUAAGCUCAGCGAGCUUGUCAAAUCUAAGAGCAGAGAAAAGCCCGUCAAAAGCAACAUUCGCAAACCGGAUGAGCCAGCUUCGGCCCGCGAACUCUUUCGAUAACUCCACCUCGGCACCAAACGGAUACCUCGCUGGGGAAGCGUCUUCAUACACUCAUGCAACCUAUAGCCUACCGCGGGGCAAAGAUGUGUCUGGCCGUACUUCCCAGCUCUUCUCUGCCCUGUCGACGCCCCAUUUUGAAUGGCAGGAACCUAUGUUCCCAGGCACCCCUCCGCUAGAGGGCAAAAGUAGUACGGAGCUCCCUGUUCCGUCACCGAUGGCUUCAGCACGGCCGAGCAGAGAGGAACAGACCCAGAGAUCUGGGUUGUCGUUUGAGCUUAAUGCCGAAAACUCGCUUGUGGGACCCGACCGACCGUCGCCCGCAACGGCGUAUUACACGCCAACAGGCUCUCUCCGCUCAAACGAUUCGGCAGGCUCGAGGCCUUCCCUAGGCCAGCUACCGCCUCCUCCUUCGGGCUUUAUGCUACCUCCCACCCCCCUCUCACCCGUCGAGGAGAUGUCACACUCUUCAAGGUCAACUAGCACCGUUCGGCCUACGACUGCUCGAAGUGGCAGUAACUACCAAGGACUUUCCACAGAUGACCAUGUCACCAAAGCAAUCGAACUUCAUGAGGACGGAAAACUCAAUGAGUCGACAUAUCAUCUGCGAAUCGCAGCCAACAAGGGUCACGCGACUGCGAUGCUUCUGUAUGCCCUUGCCUGCCGUCAUGGUUGGGGUCUCCGGCCAAAUCCGAAAGAAGGCGUUCAAUGGUUGCGCAAAGCGGUAGAUUGCGCCAUGCUCGAUAUUGCGGAGGACGAAGACCCGGCGUCUCGAAAGCCGGGUGUCGAUUAUCAUGAGAAGAGGGCACAUCGGGCCCAGUUCGCGCUGAGCGUGUAUGAACUCGGCGUCUCUCACCUCAAUGGCUGGGGCGUCGAGCAGGACAAAACCUUGGCCCUGCGAUGUUUCGAGAUAGCUGGCAAUUGGGGAGACACCGACGCACUGAGUGAGGCCGGUUUCUGUUAUGCCGAGGGGAUUGGCUGCAAGAAAGAUAUGAAGAAAGCAGCCAAGUUCUACCGCAUGGCAGAGGCGAAAGGCGUCAGCAUGGUCGGAAACAGUUGGAUCUACAAAGCUAAAUACAACGAUUCCGAUGACGAGGGCGAACGAGCUCGGUCUGCAGGAAAGACGUCUUCGCCGAAGCCUCGCAGCAAGUCCAAAUCUCGCGGCAUCUUUGGGCGGAAGAAAGCGACACCUCAACCGUGA